AUGUUUACUCAACAACGCCUGCUUCCCAAUACUCAAGAGUUAUUGAAAGAAACGAACCACCUUUGCGAAGCCUUCGCCAUUAGCGAGUCCAUCUUGGCACGCUACCAACGCAACAACAAGCAACUUUCUGACUCAGAAAAAAAGGCAUUUGCCUCACUGUUACUGCGAGUGCCACAUGAUUUUCUCACUGAAACCGUUGCGUCGUUGGGGACCUCGAAAACGUCUUCAAUUGGUCCAACGACGGAUUUGGGAUCUCUAAUAGACAAUGUUUUCGGCUUUGGCAAACCUCUUAAAGAUGUUUUUCAAUUACUAAAUCAAGAACUCGGCAACUGCCUUAAUUCACCUAGGUGCCGCGUAUAUUACCUGGACCCCACCGACAACCUUCUAAAAGACCCUGUGUAUGCCACAGCCUCGACACUUGAUGAAACAACGCCACUCGGCAAAGCGGUGCUUACUGGCAUCCAACGCGAAAUUGCUGGAACACUCUACCUGCCACUUUCCUUCGAAGGUAAAGUGAUAGCAUGCGUGGAGAGUGCAUGGGGAAGUCCAGAAAAAGGCGACAAGCGGAGAAUCAAGGAAACACUUCAGUUUGUGGCAUGCGCUAUGCACAACGCCAUCGAAUCCGAGAGACUAAGAUGA